UACACGAUCCAUCACACCCACCUUAUCUAUCGUUGCCUGCCUUUCUCAGCCACUUGUCCUCGCCAUCGCUGGCUGCCCCAUCACGGGCCAGAACCCCCCGUAGCUCCCCCGCUGCAGCUGUGCACAUGUUGCAAUUCAUCGAUUGAGGCGUUGAGAAAUUUGUGAGCGGAGUGCAAGUGCUGUUUUGCGGGACUGAUCGUUACCAGAGGGGGAGAAAAAUGGCGCAGUGCGCGACACAGAUGCGGGCGAUGACGAGCUGUGGGAUGUAUGUCAAGGGUGUGGUCGUGCCGGAGAACAGCGGCGUCGGAAGUGUGGGAAUUGUGGCCGCGUCGAGGUUGGCCAGCGCGUCGCAAGCAUGGCGCUCUGCCGCCGUGGCGCGCCUGCGUGUGGGUGUGGCUGGGCGUGUUGAAUCGCCAAGGCAGUCCAACCUUGUGUCAGUGAGAGCUUCAGAAGGACCGAACAGCGAGGGGAAGGGUGAUGACAUGAGCGGAUACGGUUUGGGAGGCAAGGGAUCCUUCUUCGGAUUCGGACGCUUUCAAGAGCUUCAAGUGGGUCGUCUAGCUAUGGUCGGCUUCGCGGCUGCUGUUGUCAUGGAGGUCAUUACUGGCAAGGGUGUCCUCGGGCAACUAGGAAUCAACCCCCUGGCUGUUCAAGGACCAUUCCUCGCAGGCUUUUUGUUUCUUCUCAUCGGCGGGCUGCUCGGUGGCUAUGUGGUCAUCAACAACCCCCCAGACACCAGCAAGGCUCCCCCGAACGAAGGUGAUGGGCUGCCCCGGAAUCCUCUCAAGACCUACGACCCUCAGAACAUCGAUCCUCUCACAACCUACACACGAGGUGGAGUGGUGGACCGACCCAGUGGACAGAAGGGAAAAGAGCCAUAUGUGUCUGACCUGGACCUCCCUCCUCCCAAGCAGUAGACUCAACCAACCAGCCGAAAAUUCCACAUUUCGAUUCUUGAAUAUGCAACAUGUAACAUAACAUUGUCAAGGUCUUGUGUGAUGCCGUCAGAAGAGCAGUGAAUGGCAAGUUUGUCGCCGCAAAUGGAGUGUAAUAUGUUCCAUACAUCCUGUGCUUUGGGCUUGAUACACUGUUACUCUGUACCUGCCUGGAAUAUAUCUUUGCUUCACUUUUGUGCAAGUAGUGAGAACAAUCUUUCGAGCAUGUGCUCAGUAGACUAUUGCAUUUUAUUUUUUAGGCAACUUUGGUCAGCAAUUUGUUGCUUGGGUCGAUGUGUUUGUGUUUUUUAUUUUUAUUUUUCCACACAGAGCCAGUGGACUGCGAGCGAGUUAGCAUGCAACAGCCACAAGGCUUGCAAUGCUAAUUGGUGUGGGCAAUUAUCCACUGUACCCAGCAUGUAACUUCUCUAUAAAUAUCACGUCUCUUCAUUUGA